AUGUCAAGGGAAUACAGUCCAAAGAGACGGAAACUCGACUCGGACCGGUUUUCUGUUCCUUCAAGACCAUCUAAUGCCAACAUAUCUCGGUUGACACCAAAAUCAACUCAGAAUAAAUCCGAGAGGAGUCAAACCCCUCGCCUUCAGCCAGAUGGAAAUGGACAUGCUUCUCGCGCCUCUACUCCCAGAGAUUUCAGAAGUGCUUCUACGCCUCGCCAAGAGGAAUUUGACGGUCCAGAGCCUUUCAUAAACGACGAGGACUCCAAUGCCUUGGACCGCGACUGGUAUGGAGGGGAUGAAUUCGGUACUACACUGGGUGACGACUCGCACAACCCAUUUGGCUUGGACGCCUCUUGGCUCGAUCGCCAACGAGAGGCAGCUCUAGAGCAAAGGAAGCUGGGUAAAAGGGUGAGCGCGAAAGCUGCUCAGAAGCAGCGAGACGUAGAUGCAUGGGAAGUCAACCGCAUGCUCACAUCUGGUGUAGCGCAACGACGAGAUCAUGAACAGGACUUUGAAGACGAUGAAGAAGCUACAAGAGUGCAUCUACUAGUCCAUGACAUCAAACCUCCUUUUCUGGAUGGGCGGAAGAUAUUUACAAAGCAACUAGACCCUGUGCCUGCCAUCAGAGACCCACAGAGUGAUAUGGCGGUGUUUAGUCGAAAGGGAAGCAAGGUUGUAAAAGAAAAGAGACAACAGAAGGAAAGGCAAAAGCAGGCACAGGAAGCUACUAAUAUGGCUGGAAGUACUUUGGGGAACAUUAUGGGGGUAAAGGGGGAUGAGGGUGAUAGUGCCGCCGCAGCUCCUGGCGAAGAGGAUGCGAAAAGUGGGAACAAGUUCUCUGAGCAUUUGAAGAAGAGUCAAGGACAGAGUGUUUUCAGCAAGAGUAAGACGCUACAAGAACAAAGAGAAUUUUUGCCAGCUUUUGCUGUUCGAGAAGAUCUACUUCGCGUUGUGCGUGACAAUCAGGUGACCAUAGUAGUUGGGCAAACGGGUUCCGGGAAAACCACUCAACUAACUCAAUUUCUUCAUGAGGACGGAUAUGCUAGGAAUGGGUUAAUAGGUUGCACGCAACCUAGACGUGUGGCCGCAAUGAGUGUGGCAAAACGGGUCAGCGAAGAAAUGGACGUAAAACUCGGAGGUCUCGUUGGAUACGCUAUACGUUUCGAGGACUGUACGAGCAGAGAGACUGUCAUUAAAUACAUGACAGAUGGUGUCCUUCUUCGGGAGUCUCUUAAUGAACCAGAUCUGGACAGGUACUCUUGCAUCAUCAUGGAUGAAGCACACGAGAGAGCUCUGAAUACAGACGUGCUGAUGGGAUUGAUCAAAAAGGUUCUUGCCCGGCGAACGGAUUUGAAACUCAUCGUGACCUCAGCUACAAUGAACUCUGAUCGGUUUUCAAGGUUCUAUGGAGGAGCACCAGAGUUCUUCAUACCAGGCCGAACUUUCCCCGUCGAUAUUCAAUUUUCACGAACGCCAUGCGAGGACUACGUGGACAGUGCGGUCAAACAGAUCCUCGCAAUACAUGUCUCGCAACCAGCAGGUGACAUUCUUUGCUUCAUGACUGGGCAAGAAGACAUUGAGAUUACUUGCGAGCUCGUUGAGGAGCGGCUGAAACUGCUCAAUGAUCCUCCAAAGCUGAGCAUUUUGCCAAUAUACAGUCAGAUGCCAGCGGACUUGCAAGCCAAAAUCUUCGAUAGGGCGCCCCCUGGCGUGCGCAAGGUCGUUGUGGCCACGAAUAUCGCAGAAACAAGUCUGACAGUUGAUGGCAUCAUGUAUGUUGUUGAUGCAGGAUUCUCGAAGCUCAAGGUCUACAACCCGCGGAUGGGCAUGGACGCUCUACAGAUCACCCCAAUCUCACAAGCAAAUGCUCAGCAGCGACAAGGUCGCGCUGGCAGGACUGGCCCAGGCAAGGCGUACCAUUUGUACACUGAAGGCGCCUUUAAAGAUGAGUUCUAUAUACAAACAAUUCCUGAAAUUCAACGUACAAACCUUGCGAAUACCGUGCUCCUUCUGAAAUCACUUGGCGUCAAAGACCUACUUGACUUUGACUUCAUGGAUCCUCCGCCGCAAGACACUAUCACAACCUCUCUUUUCGAUUUAUGGGCUCUCGGCGCCCUGAACAACAUUGGAGACCUCACUCAUAUGGGCAAAAAGAUGACCGCCUUCCCCAUGGAUCCUUCACUAGCGAAGCUCAUUAUCACUUCCGAAGAGUAUGGUUGCAGCGAAGAGAUGCUCACUAUUGUGUCCAUGCUAUCUGUGCCCAGUGUCUACUAUCGGCCCAAAGAAAGGCAAGAAGAAUCGGACGCUGCACGAGAGAAAUUCUUCGUACCUGAAUCCGACCACUUAACAUUACUACACGUCUAUACACAAUGGAGGGCUAACGGGUGCUCAGAUGGCUGGUGCGUACGUCAUUUUCUCCAUCCUAAAGCGAUGCGGCGAGCAAAGGAGAUUAGAGAACAGCUUUUCGAUAUCAUGCAAAUCCAGAAGAUGGAGAUGACUAGCUGCGGUACAGUCUGGGAUGUCAUUCGCAAAUGCAUCUGUUCGGGCUACUACCACCAAGCAGCCAAAGUCAAAGGAAUCGGCGAGUACAUUAACCUGCGGACUAGCGUUACCAUCCAACUUCAUCCUACAAGUUCACUCUACGGCCUUGGGGUCCUGCCCGAUCACGUUGUAUAUCACGAACUCAUAUUGACUAGUAAAGAAUACAUGUCUACUGUCACGGCAGUGGAUCCGAUGUGGUUGGCUGAUCUUGGCGGUGUGUUCUACUCAAUUAAGGAGAAAGGUUUCUCAGCACGCGAGAAGAGAGUGACCGAACACGAGUUCAGCCGGAAAAUGGAGAUCGAAGCUAAGAUGGUAGAAGACAAGCAGCGUGAAGCACAGCGCGCCGCCACAGCGGCUGAAGCGGGCAAGGUGUCGCCGGCUUUGAGAGGGCCAACCACGAAAUUUGUGAAGAGGAUGGGUACGAAUGGUGUUGUAAAAAGGCCGGUUACCCCUAGAAUAGGCCGAGGGUUUUAG